AUGGCUACGAGAAAAAAACCUCAAUUACCAAAAUCUGUUUUGGACAUGAAAUUUAUGAAGAAAACAAAAGAAAGAAUAGAAAAAGAGUUAGAAAAUACACAAGACCAUGAGAGUUUGUACUCUAAUAUUAUUACAAACGAAAUGCGACAUGCUACUGGUAAUUACAUUUCAGAAUCUAGUUUUAUAUUUUGUGAAGAUUUAAUGGAAGGCAGAGUAUCUUUUAAAGGCAUGAAUCCUGAAAUAGAGCGAUUAAUGGAUUUCGAAAAUAAAAAUGAAGAUAUAGAUAGUGAAAUGCAAAAGGAUGUUUCUGAUGAAAUUUUAGCCAAAACGAUGAAUAAUCUCAAUAAACGGAAACAACUUCCUAGCCCGAAUGUGUAUAAUGUGAAGAGGAAAAGGAAG